AUGAAAGAGGUUCGAUCGGCACGUGAUCCCGAAUACAAGACUCUAGAUCUGGACAUCAGUGAAUGGGAAAGCGUAAAAAUUGUGAAGCGGAGCGAAAUCAAUCCAAAAGAAAUUCUUAAGACUGCAAGGAGCACCACUUUGCUGAAAACUCGAAUGUACUCAGCAAAUUUGAUUUUCAUUAACAUUGUAAAUCAUCAGCACUAUCUUCUACAGAUAUAA